GGUCUCUGUGGGCGCCGGGUAACAGAAACAGAAACCACACGGCUCUGCAGCGAUCAACGCUAAUAUUCAUCUCGUUUUCAGCCUAAACGGAACAUUAAACGUUCAGUUGUUGGUGAUCUUUGACCGUCUUAAAGGCAGCCAUGUCGUCGACAUCCCAGAAACAUAAAGAUUUCGUGGCCGAGCCCAUGGGAGAGAAGCCUGUGAUGGCUCUUGCCGGCAUCGGAGAGGUCCUUGGCAAAAGACUGGAUGAGAAAGGUUUUGACAAGGCGUACGUCGUCCUCGGGCAGUUUCUGGUGCUAAAGAAAGACGAGGAGCUUUUCCGGGACUGGCUGAAGGACACUUGCGGGGCAAAUACCAAACAACAAGGUGACUGCUAUGGCUGUCUUAAAGAAUGGUGUGACGCCUUCUUAUAAAGCUUUCAGUCAUGGUUUUCUACUUCUGAAGUCCAAACUGUACAUUACCUCUUCAGUGAUCUUGAUCCAAUUCAGCUUCACCACAUAUAUAAACUGACACUGUACAGACUAAUGAGGGUAUUGAAGUUAUUUUUAAAUUAUAACCAAUUAAUCAAUUAUCCCCCCCCCAAAAAAAGACCAACACUCACCAAUUUUUUCUUUCUUUAAAUUGAUAUUAUAUUAGGAUGGAUAAUCAUAAUGGCUGUAGCUCCUUUUAACGUGUAGUAGUAGUAAAAGCACAGGUGCAUCUAAUAACGAUACUACCAGUCUCCCAGUAAGUCUGGUCAUUGAGCCAGCACUCACAUUAUACCGCCUCAUGUGGACUUCAGAAAUGUUGUGCUGUGAGAACAGUUAGAAUAGGCUCUUCAGACUGAAACUGUCUGAUUUUGGGGAAAAGCUCCUGAUGUUCAAAAUAUUAAAUUUGUACAAGGUCACUGGAAUACCACAUGUACUUCCUGUUCUGGAUUUUAAGUGAAUUGUUUAUCAAUUGUUGGUCAUGUACUGGGAAUUUACACUUUUUAAGGUAAACAUGGCAACAUUGUUCAAAACUUUAACCAUUUCAAUGUGUUUCGGUUCAGCACACAUUUUUCUUUCUUCUAUGAUUCACGUUAUACUCUUUGGCUUCUUUCCCCGUUUACCUGUUUUUUAAAGCCAUUGCAAAAGGAAAAUUGAUGUUAGCUGUAUUUUUUUAAAUAGCGCAUCGUUUCACUGUUUGGUAUCAUGUACUGUGGGUCCACCAACCGUGUUUGAAGGAUUUCUUGAAGAGGUGGAUUGUCUAGUUUGAAGUGUCUUGCAGAGGAUGAUUGAUUCAAGUGACAAACAAAAACUAAACCUCAAAACUAAUGUGACACUGGUCUUAGCAGAAAAGUUUUUUUUUUUUUUUAUAUCACAAACCCUUUUUAACAUUUGAUCUUGCAAAUGAAGAAGCAACAUGGCCAGAUGCCAUCAUCUGGUUGGGCAUCUGGUCAUGAGCUUGUUUGAACCUGAAGAUGAAAAAGUGUAUAAAUAAAACUACCGAUGCAACAAACUCAAACACUGUCAAAAACGUGUCACUCUAUUGCUGAUCAGCAAGCUGCAGACUUUUCAUAAAGAAUUAAAGGGAUAGUUUGGUUGUUUUUUAAGUGGGGUCGUAUGAGGCACGUGUCGGCACACCCUCGUUUUGUCGUGAUAUCCAUUCAUGCUCCUUAAAGCCAC